GCUAACUACAACCCACAUUCACCAAAUACAUAACGCACCACACUUUUAAUCUCUCUCUCUCUCUCCCCCUCUCUCAAAACACCAUAGCUCCCAUUGCAACAAUGGUCGCCACAACGAUCCCAGCACGACCCGUAAACACCCAGUACGACUGGGCCAAGCAAGUGAAAGAAUUCGACGAGACUAAAGCCGGCGUCAAGGGACUAGUUGACGCUGGCGUUAAGAAGCUCCCCGGAUUCUUCGUCCACCCUCCGGAGAGCCUGGAAAACCCGCCGCCCGAAUCCCCCCUCGAGCUCCCCACGGUGGACUUCACCGGGGUGGAAUUCGACGGGGCAAGGCGGAGGGAGGUGGUGGAGGGGAUACGGGCAGCCGCGUCCGAGUGGGGUUUUUUCCGGAUGGUGAACCAUGGGGUGCCGAGCGGGGUCAUGGAGGCGAUGCUGGAGGCAGUCAGGAGGUUUCAUGAGCAGAGGAGAGAGGACAAGAUGGAGUACUAUUCCGGGGAUAGUAGACGGAGGGUCAGGUUCAAUAGCAAUGUGCCGCCUAGGGAGUUUGAUGCGGCUAGUUGGAGGGAUAUUUUGACUUGUGUUUUCAAUGAUGAUUAUUUGGAUCCUCAAGCUAUUCCUCUUGUUUGCAGAUACCGUGAUAAAACGGGUUAUGUAAAUCAAGCUAUAAUAAAAGAAGUGCAAGAGUAUGUGAAAUGCAUGAUUAAGCUGAGGGAGACAAUGGCCGAGUUACUCUCCGAGGCUUUAGGACUAAGCAGCGACUACAUUUCUUGUAUCGAAUGCAUGAAGAGCGAAGCGUUGGCUUCCCUCUACUACCCGAUUUGCCCCGAGCCGCACCUGACCUUGGGCACUCCCAAGCAUUCAGACACCACUUUUCUAACUUUGUUGCUGCAAGACCACAUCGGCGGCCUCCAAAUUCUUCACAAAAACCAGUGGGUCGAUGUCCCUCCAGUUCCUGGCGCCCUCAUUGCAAACAUAGGGGAUCUCAUGCAGAUCAUAUCAAAUGACAAGUUCGUAAGCGUGGAGCACAGAGUUUUGGCUCAACCAAUUGGACCAAGAGUAUCAGUUGCAUGCUUCUUCUCUCCUAGCAGUAAGGCUACAGCUAAACCCUUUGGACCCAUAAAGGAGCUUCUGUCAGAGGAAAGUCCGGCGAUAUACAAGGAAUUCCUAUGCUAUGAGUAUUUUACCUAUUACAAGACCAAAGGACAAGAUGUCAACUCUGCCCUUCCUCACUUCAAGCUAUGAAGUGCCGGGUGCCGGUGCCGACCGGAGAGGUUACUGAAUGUUGUGCUGUUGUGUAGCAAGGCUUCUGGCGAUGUUGUUUGUACAAGUAAUUGCUCAUGUCUUAAGCUGUUGAAACACUUAUCGAGUAACUAAUACGAAUUUCGCAG